CAGAUACAGAGACCCUUUUGGACACAAUGCAGAAGAGUUGGUCCAUGUUGCCAUGAAAUAGAAGCUUCAAGGGAUGGAGUUUUAGAAGAACCACCUCAAGGAAUCAAGAGCCUUUAACCUCACAUUCAACUCAUUGCACGAAAAUGGAUGAACUUUCUACACAAGCAUACUUUCAUCACACCACAAGUGGUUGGGAAAAUAAGGAAUUUUGGAGCAGAGAUGGGCAAGCAAAGCUGAAAACCAAUGUGUUUUUUGCUUCAUUUGACCAAAGGAGCAAACAAGCUUGUGGUGAGAGUGCAUGUACAACACUAGCAGUGUUAAUAGCACACUGGCUUCAUUCAAACCAUAACAUGCCAACACGGACUCAAUUUGAUAGCCUCAUCAAAAGGGGUUCCUCAGAAUGGAUAAGGCUGAGCCACAAUGAUCACUACCUAAAGCUCUUCCCAGAUAAGCAUUUUGAUCUAGAGACAGUCUUGAAAGCCAACAUCAGGCCUGUGGUUGUUCUCCCUCAAAAUUCCUACACAGGAUUUUUCUCCCCUGAGAAGUUUCAGUGCUUGGAAGGAGCCAUGUCCUUUGAUGACAUUUGGGAUGAGAUAACUAGAAAAGAUGAAGAGGUUGAUCAAGAGCCAAGAAUAUACAUAGUGGGUUGGAAUGAUCAUUUCUUUGUUCUGAAGGUGGAUGUUGACGCUUGUUAUGUGAUUGACACUUUGGGGGAGAGGCUUUACGAGGGAUGCCAAAAGGCUUUCAUAAUGAAGUUUGAUGGUUCAAGUUCUAUCCAUGAAAAGAGAAGUAAGAAACAAAGAGGUGAGAUAGUUUGCAGAGGAAAAGAGUGUUGUAAAGAGUUCAUCAAACGCUUUCUUGCUGCUAUACCACUUAGACAACUAGAAGAGGAGAUGAUAAGUAAAGGGAUUGUUUAUAAUCCUUAUUUGCACAGACAAUUGCAGAUUGACUUCCAUUAUAGCUUGUUAUCAUCCUUCCUUUCACCUUCUUCUAUGGGUGAACCUUUGCAACCUACUUAGAUAACAAGACAGUAGAGUAUCUAACUCAACUCAUACCUUGUGAGUCUUGAGAAAUUGAUACAGUUACAAAUCCCAAAAGCACGAUUCUUUGUGUGAAUACAAAAAGUUUAGGUAAAUUAGGUCUUGGGGUUCAUCAGGAUUAAGACAGAUCUCAAGGCUAAGAGUUUUUUGAGUUACUUACAAAAAGAAAUUCACAUUGGAAACUUUCUACUAAUCUUCUCUCAACGGAACGAUAAAUGAAUGGCUCGCAAAAUCUACACCAACCACCACUAGCGACCAACAAUGAACACAAAUAGCAGCACCAACCAACAAUUGGAAACUGCAACUUUCACUCAAUGUUCUCAACGAGACAAAUGUGCGACUUUCUGCGGGUGAACACUCACUCAAAUGCGAGAUAUUGGGAAGGAGAUAGAUUUGGGAACGAAUGUGUUGGGAGCGCGAACUUGUUGAGAGGUGAAAAGUUUAAACUCUGUAAGUUUGAAUUGAAGAAUGGAGGCUUAUGAUUCCCCCAAACUACACUCAUCAAAGAAAAUCCCAAAAUAAAAUAAAAAAAUUGCAUGUACGCUUCCACGUCUGUUUGUAAAAAUGGGGAGCAGGAAGCAACCUUAGUCAAAACAUCAUUGUAUUAUAUACUGGUAUUAAAAGACAAUUUUGGGUAUGUGGGCAAGAGCAGAAAAGUUAAAAUUUGGAUUUUGAAAAUCGUGAUUGUGAUUUGUUUGAUAAUGUUAAGAGGUUAAAUAUAUUUUUAAUUUUUAAA